GCCCCUUCAGGUGCUGGAGAGAAGGAUGGGUGGGUGUUAUUUGUGAGGCGUUUGGGGGUAUGUAUAUAAGUUCAGACGGACUUGAGGUGAUCUUAGUCUACUGCAGACUCAGGAUACAAGGCGUUCCUGUCCAUACCCUAAUAAACAUCUACCAUCAUGUGUGACGAAGACGCUUGCGCUUUGGUCGUUGACAAUGGCUCCGGCAUGGUCAAAGCCGGGUUUGCUGGUGAUGAUGCCCCUCGCGCCGUUUUUCCUUCUAUCGUUGGUCGCCCACGUCAUCAGGGUGUGAUGGUCGGUAUGGGUCAGAAGGACGCCUACGUAGGAGAUGAGGCCCAGAGCAAGAGAGGUAUCCUGACACUCAAAUACCCCAUCGAACACGGUAUUAUCACCAACUGGGACGACAUGGAAAAAAUUUGGCACCACUCUUUCUACAAUGAACUCCGAGUUGCUCCCGAAGAAUCCCCAGUCCUACUCACCGAGGCUCCUCUUAACCCCAAGGCCAACCGUGAGAAGAUGACCCAGAUCAUGUUCGAAACCUUCAGUGCUCCGGCCAUGUACGUUGCUAUCCAGGCAGUGCUAUCUCUGUAUGCCUCAGGACGUACUACAGGCAUUGUACUCGAUUCUGGUGAUGGCGUCUCCCACACUGUACCCAUCUACGAAGGCUAUGCUCUUCCUCACGCAAUCCUUCGUCUUGACCUUGCUGGACGUGACUUGACAGCUUACUUGAUGAAGAUUAUGACAGAGAGGGGCUACUCGUUCACCACCACAGCUGAACGAGAAAUUGUUCGUGACAUCAAGGAAAAGCUUUGCUACGUUGCCCUUGACUUCGAAAGCGAGAUGAAUGUUGCUGCGGCAUCAUCUUCCCUGGAAAAAUCUUACGAACUCCCUGAUGGUCAAGUUAUCACCAUUGGUAAUGAAAGGUUCCGUGCCCCCGAAUCAUUAUUCCAGCCUUCCUUCCUGGGUAUGGAAUCCGUUGGUAUCCAUGAAACCGUUUACAACUCCAUCAUGAGGUGUGAUAUUGACAUCAGGAAGGACCUAUUCGCCAACAAUGUAAUGUCUGGGGGCACCACCAUGUAUCCUGGUAUUGCUGAUAGGAUGCAGAAGGAAAUCACUGCCUUGGCUCCAUCGACCAUCAAGAUCAAGAUUAUUGCUCCACCUGAGAGGAAAUACUCAGUUUGGAUAGGGGGCUCUAUCUUGGCAUCACUUUCCACCUUCCAGGCAAUGUGGAUCACCAAGGAAGAAUAUGAUGAAUCUGGUCCAGGCAUUGUCCAUCGCAAGUGCUUCUAAAAUAUAUAUAUAAAGUCAAUCUUAGAUAUAUUAAUAAUUAUGAUAAAUAUGAAUUAAUUUAUUAAAGUUUCCGUACUAAACUGUUGAUAUAAUAAUCCCCCUUUAAAAAAUUUCCUUAACUAAGAGCUUAUGAUUUUAUCAAACGACUUCCAAAAGUUAUCUAUGUAGGUACCUGUUUACUUGCUAACGCUUGUGAAGUUUAAGGCAGUUACGUUGAUCCAGUCGAUUCUCUGCUGUGUAGAAGUCAUGGCUGGAUAACAGGGACGACUGUGUGGACCUGUUGUCACGAUUCUAAACAACUUGGCCAUAUUCUUAAGAUAAAUGAUGUCAUUUAUUUUCCAAAUACAAUUAUCAUUUCUUA